AUGUGUGCAAGGUACCAGGCCAAUCCCAAAGAAAGUCAUUUUCAAGCCUUAAAGCGGAUUUUCCGUUACCUUAAAGGCACAGUGAACCUUGGUCUAUGGUAUCCAAAGGAUAUCGGCUUUCAGUUAGUUGCAUACUCGGAUGCUGACCAUGCAGGUUGUAAGUUGGAUCGAAAGAGUACUUCAGGAAGUGUACAGUUUUUAGGGGAUAGGUUGGUAAGUUGGUCUUCAAAGAAGCAGAAUUGUGUAUCUACAUCUACUGCAGAAGUUGAAUAUGUUGCUGCAGCUAGCUGUUGUUCACAAGUUCUUUGGAUGAAGACACAAUUAACUGAUUAUGGAUUUCAGUUUGACAGAAUUCCUAUCUACUGUGACUCCAAGAGUGCAAUUGCAAUAUCCUGCAAUCUAGUUCAACAUACAAAAACCAAGCACAUAGAUGUUCGAUUCUUUAAAUCUGCUUUCUUGAGAUUUCUGGGUUUGAUCAUCAAAAAGGGUUGGAGCUCUAAGCUCGGCAUACUUCCGUCUUAA